AUGUCUCGAUUAAUCUUUUUUAUUCCUUUUAAAAUAAUUCUUUCAGGAUUAAUAAAUUUGACUAGAUUAUUUCACAUAAUAAUAUAUCAUCGUACCCAUUUAUUCUUCUUAUUAUGUAUCUUGACCUUUACGUCUCUUGAUCCGGUGAAUGCGACGCUAUUAUUGUACGAUUCAUCUAACAUUGAGCUGGCCUCUUUGACAAAUACCGAUUUCCCAUUUCUGGAUAGUUUAAAUAACAAUCCUCUUUCUAAUUAUUAUAAGAAUGGUGUAGUUAUUGAAGGAAGAUUGGAAAUCGCAAAACUUAAUGUAAUUACUAAUGAUGAUAAUUUUACAAUUAAUGAUGAUCCGUGUACGCUUAGACCUAUUCCUGUGGGAAUAGAUCUGUUGGUAGUUCCUUUUGAUGUGAUUCAACGAUUUGGUUGUAAUUUUAUUGAUGAUUUCAUCUCAAGAAACAUAUGGAUAACUAAUGGUAUAAUGCCUCCAUCUGGUAGUAAUCAAUCUAUUCUACCUGAUGGUUCGACAAUUCUGCCUAAUGGGACUAUUGCUUAUUCUGCUAAUAAUGUUGACGUAAAAAGACGUAAUGAAAAUAAUGGACAAUGUAAAUAUUUUAUCUCAAAAUCUUCUUAUGAACGACGGUCAAUUAAUCACAAUUCAUUACAAAAUCAAAAACGCGUCAACAUUCAUAAAAGAGAUGUUUCAUUCAAUAUUAAUGAUUUACUUCCAAAAGUUAUUGCUUUUACUUCGUUGAAUGGUGGUGAUCCUGGAGUUAAGGAACCUAUACAUAAUCGUGACUUGUUACGUAACGCUAGUGUAGGUUUGACUUUGCUCAGAAAAGAUGAUACGACUUUGAUUCAAUCUUUAUAUGCAAAUAUUGAUCAUAUUAAAAUUACUUCGAAUAUUAGUCCAUGGGUGUUUUUACUGCAAAGCAGUUCUUGGGCUGCGUGGUCUAUAGUAUGGAGAAACCUAAACAUUGUUAUUUUACCUGCUAUUUCAUUUUGUUCUCUUGCAUCGUCAAUAAUCUUACAAAUUGAUCCAAAUGGUAUAAGAGAAGAUCGUUUAUCGAUAACAAGUUAUAAAUUUAUCAUAGGAUUAAGAGAAAUACAUCAAAGGAUUGGUGAAAAUUUGACUUAUAAGUUUGCUAAUAAAGGUGAUAAAUGGAAAGCUGGACGGGUUGUAUUAAUAAUGUGUAUCCUAAUGAUACCAUUUUCUUUCUUAACCCUUUCGGAUAUAUUUUGUUCAAAUUCUGCUCCUACUAUAUCAAAUUUUUGGAAAUCAAGGAUAACUGAAGAUUUAUCGACUUGCAUAACAUUAUUCUCUUUCUUAUUUUUACUUCGAGUCCGAAAAUUUUCUUGGUUUUUGGUAAAACCAACUUCAAUAUUAUUAGCAAAUUUAAAACUUGACAAGAAAGGUGGUAAAGGUAUGCUAUACCCAUCUGUUGAUGAAGAAGAUGAACGUAUAAAUUCUGCAGCUUAUACUACACGUAUUGCUGUUAUUCGACCUGAACCUACCUAUCGAAUGAAUCCAAAUAGAAUUGAUGUUGGCCUUCAAUUUGGUAAUUAUCCCGUGAGAAAUGAUAAUGAAAAAAUUAUGAAUAAUCGGAAUAGAUUUUUAGAUGUGGAUAGAGAAUCACUAGGAGAAAAAAAUAUUAUAAAAGACAAGGACCUUUCAAAAGAUUCCACAAAAUCAAAACCUAAUAAUGGUAGUAAUGGAAAUGGUGGAAAAAGUGAGUCAAAUAAAUUUGAUAUUAUUGAUUUAUAA